GAAAGUGGGAGCCUCCCGUUGGAUUGUUGGUAUGGGUCCUGAGGUAGCAGCAGCAUUGUGCCAGGGUAUUGUGUUGCUGCUGGUGAUGGAUUUCGGCUUUGGGCGCCUUUGUCUGCGUCAGGAUACUUUUGGAAUCCCCACACUACAGCAGACAUACUUUACAGAUAGUUCGGAUGUGUGUGCGCGGACACAGGGUGGGACGGCGAGGGGGACAGCCGUUCUUCUCUGAUCCGAUCUCCCCGCCUUCGCUCCCACGCGCUUUACUCGCCCGUUGCUUGCUUGUGUUGGGACCAUCUGCUUCACCACCACCCCCCCCCCCCCCCUCUCUUCACCUACGCUAUUAUGGAUCGCCACUUCUUCGUCUCCUCCUAGCCCCUGUUGUGGUCGGUUUCUGCAGGAUGCGGCAGUGUAUCGCUCAUCCAUUUCUGUCGGAGGAAGACACCAACGAGCUCGCCGCAAAUUUUAAAGCUGCACGCAAAAGUCUCUUCGAACGAGAGAUUUUCAAACAGAGCGCCAGGAGUUUUGAGCAGCUGCGCACACUUGCGAUUGAUUUUCCAGAAGCAAUCGAGCUUGAUAUUGAAGUGCUGGAGCCUAUCCUUCAAGAAUAUUCAAAUCGCACAGAAUUCGAUUGCUUCCUGCAGCUUUCAAAGCCGACCGUACAUCGCUACUCAUAGGCGAAGUGUGACGAAGCAUCUUGAGGACAUCACACACAACAUUGGCAUCCACGUGAGGAUUAUCCUCCUGUCUGCGGUGCAGAAGGACUUCAAAGCAUCAGCGGGCACAGUGCCCCAAUCGAUGCAGCAAGUGCGCCACGAGUUAUACAGCUUGAAUCUGCAGGUAUGUCGCAUAUUAGAGGUUGACAACGCAGCUUUGAAGGACUCAAAACUGAAGCGAGAUCGUCUGAUAGGCAUAUGCACCGGCAGUUGGGGUGGAGGAUUUAAAUCGGGGCAGCUCGAAGUUGAAGAACGAGAUGGAUGCGAUUAAACGUGACGUGCAGGAAACGAAGGAACCGCAUGAUCCACACAUGAUGGGCGUGGUUGAGAAUAGUUCCAACAGCCUUGCGCAGCAGUCUAGCGAUCAGGCCACCCCGUCUGAAGAUCCCGAUGGUAUGUUGCAUCACCGGGAGUAUCGCCAGUUGGAGCCUCUCUACGAAGCAUUCAUAUGUCCUCUCACGAGGAAGAUCAUGCGCGACCCUGUUUCUUUAGAAAAUGGCGUAACAUAUGAAAAGUCUGCAAUUGAUCGAUGGAUGCAAGAAUGUCGAAAUUCAGGUAAGGAGCCAACGUGCUUCGUGACUGGAAACCUGAUUACUGCUCCGCCGAAACCGAGCAUCGCCCUUCGAAACACCAUUGAGGAGUGGACUACUCGGAACGAACAGUCGCGCAUUGGCAUUGCAAAGAAACUCAUUACUGUCGAGGCCUCGGAAAACGACGUACUCUGUGCUCUGACGGAUCUGCAAGUGCUCUGCCGGAAGAAGGCGAACAGGUACCGGAUACGCAAAGUUGAGCUCAUUCCUCAAAUUGUUGAUCGCUUGAAAAACGGAGAAGUGGUCCGGAUUCUAGCCCUUGCCAUGCUUCGUAUUCUCGCGGAAGAUGACGAAGAUGCCAUAGUAGCCAUAGGUCAAACGGACGCACUGCGACUGGCCGUGAAGUGUUUGGCUAGAGACGGCCCGGAGGAGCGAGAGGAAUCUGUAAAGCUUCUUCACGAGCUAUCAAAGUCUUAUUUUAUGUGUGAGAAGAUCGGUGCAACCAAUGGUGCCAUACUCUUCCUCGUGGGAAUGACCAGUGGCAGCCCUGAGAACAUGGUGGCUGGCGACAUAGCUGAGGAAGUCUUGUCCAACUUGUCAAAAUGCGAUAAAAACAUCCUUCAGAUGGCGGAGAAUGGUCGUCUGCAACCACUUCUCGAUCGCCUCACUCUGGGCGAUGCGGAGGUUCGUGUGGAGAUGGCCGAGGUCCUUUCCGACCUGACUCUAACCCCAGAAGGUAAGGCCCGCGCCGGUGAGCUCGUGUCGAGGACGUUAGUGGAGAUGUUAAACAGCAGCUCCUCGUCUUCGGAGAAAGCGGCUGCUCUGAAAGCUCUCCGCAGCAUUUCAACGCUCGAGACCAAUGGCAGCAAGCUCCUGGAGGCGGGGGUGUUGAUUCCUCUAAUGCGCGAUCUCUUUGUCGUCGGUCCCAAUAUGGUUCCCAUGAAACUAAAGGAGGUAGCCGCUACGAUUCUUGCUAAUGUGGUGAACGCCAGCGGAAUGUGGGAGAGCAUGCCCGUCGACGAUGGCGGAGACACGCUCACGUCCGAGGCCACAAUUCACCGCUUCCUUCACUUGAUUAGUAACACCGGGCCUAAAAUUGAGGCCAAGCUCCUCCUGGUUGUAGCAGGCCUAGCAUCGAAACCGAGAGCCGUGAGUAGAGUUGUCUCCGCCAUCAAAAGCUCGGGUGCCAUAGUCGCCCUAAUCCAGUUCUUGGAAGCCCCUCAACCCGACCUCCGUGUCGUCUCCAUCAGACUCUUAUACCUGCUGUCGUUUCACAUGUCCCAAGAGCUCGCAGAUGGAUUGCGCGUCACCACACGCCAGCUGAGCACACUAGUGAAGCUGGUGGGUCAGUCAGGCGUAACAGAGGAGCAGUCUUUUGCCGCCGGGUUACUAGCCAACCUCACCUCACAAGACAAGCACCUUACGCGCGCAUUGCUCGAUGAGAAUGCCCUGCCUACGAUCGUCGAGCGCAUCAACGAGGUCAGGAGGGGAGUGGUCAAUAUCGGAGGCGCCCGUCACAUCGCUGCGUUCCAGAAAGGCUUAGUAGGAAUCCUCCUCCAGUUCACAUACGAAUUGGACGACCCGGUGUUCGUCGACGCAGCGCAGGCGAAUGAUCUAACAAGCUUGUUUACGGCGCUCCUGCAAACCUCAACUCUAGACGAAGUGCAGCGCUCUUCAGCGCUAGCAUUGGAGAAUCUGUCCGUCAAGUCGCCGCAACUAUCGAUAGUGCCGGAGCCUCCCGCGCCAGUGCCGGUAUGCCCUCUGUUUCCGUGCCUGUUUCAGAAAACGCCCCCACUCAGAGUUGCUUUGUGUGAGCUACACGGCGGGGUGUGUUCCAUGAAGACCACGUUUUGUUUGCUGCAAGCGGAAGCUAUUGGGCCCCUCCUUGCAUGCCUUGACCACCGCAACACGAGCCUUGUGGAGGCUGCCAUGGGAGCUCUGUCCACGGUGCUCAUGGACACCGUCGAUGUCGAUAAAGGCGUCAUGGUAUUAUAUCAUGCGGAUGCAAUACACCUCAUUUUGAUGGUCAUGCAGGAGCAUCGCACCGAGGUGCUGCGUCAGCGGGCGGUGUGGAUGGUGGAGCGGAUCCUUCGCAACGUUGGCAUGGCGCAAGCUGUGUCUAUCGACUCUAACGUGCACACAUCUCUUGUGGACGCAUUCCGGCAUGGCAAUUCCCAUGCCAGGCAAUCCGCUGAGAACGCUCUGAAAACAUUAAACAGAAUCCCUCAAAACUCUGUGGCUAACGCUCCCAUGAUUAGGAGACGGUGAGCAUCACGUUUGCCAUUCUCUUUUUCUGUACCUGCUGUUUCAUGGAGUCCGUCUCCAGCAGAAUAUUUCGCAGGUUUUUUUUAAUGUCAUGUAGAGUAGUUGAAAGUGGAGUUCACAAAACUUGAAAAAAUGACCAGUUAAGCAUUAGAAGUUAUGGCGUCCCGAGUUCUUCUCUAUCAUACACGAUCGAGGUGAAGGUGCGUCUCCGUUCUUGUGUGGCAUGCACGCGUUCUUUUUAGGUGUAGGGUUUACAAUGUGUACAAAAAGGUUCUUUUUCAUCGUCGAGUAUACAUAGAAGUAGCUUAUCCAUUCUUUUGCCGCGUGGAUUUCCUCAGUGAUCGACUGUAUUUAUUCAAGGUGUAUUAAUGCUGUUUAAGCCGAAGGCUUGAAGCUAUCGUGCAAGGUUCCUUGUA